CUCCGCCUCCCCCCGCAGAGUCCCGUAAAAGCAACAGAGGUGACUAGGCCACGCGAGCCGGCGUGGUGUCCCUCCGCCCGGCCGAGGGCACUCCUUUUCGUGUCUUUCCACCGUUCCCGGGCGGCGUCCGGGCGGCUCACCGGGGGCGGCGACGCGGUUGCGGCGCGGUCGGCCAGGCUCCAGGGCUAUGAGGUGAGGGCGCCCGGGUACAGGAGGCGGCAGCGCGGCGCCAGGACGCAGGACGCAAGCCUCGAAGCUGGCGGCUGCCUCUGGGACCCCGCGGCCGCGCGUGAGGCGAGGAGAGAACAUUGAAAUUAUUCUCUAAGCUAUUUGAAGAGAGUGACUAAAUGCACCUGGGUCAGGCUGUCUGUGGGUAUGAAGUGGUUGGGAGAAUCCAAGAACAUGGUGGUGAAUGGCAGGAGAAAUGGAGGCAAGUUGUCUAAUGACCAUCAGCAGAAUCAAUCAAAAUUACAGCACACGGGAAAGGACACCGUGAAGGCUGGCAAAAACGCAGUGGAGAGGAGGUCAAGCAGAUGUAAUGGUAAUUCAGGAUUCGAGGGACAGAGUCGAUAUGUGCCAUCUUCUGGAAUGUCUGCCAAGGAACUCUGUGAAAAUGAUGACCUAGCAACCAGUUUGGUUCUUGACCCCUAUUUAGGUUUUCAAACACACAAAAUGAAUACUAGCGCCUUUCCUUCGAGGAGCUCAAGGCAUUUUUCAAAAUCUGACAGUUUUCCUCACAACAACCCUGUGAGAUUUCGGCCUAUUAAAGGAAGGCAAGAAGAACUAAAGGAAGUAAUUGAACGUUUUAAAAAAGAUGAGCACUUGGAGAAAGCCUUCAAAUGUUUGACUUCAGGCGAAUGGGCACGGCACUAUUUUCUCAACAAGAACAAAAUGCAGGAGAAAUUAUUCAAGGAACAUGUGUUCAUUUACUUGAGAAUGUUUGCAACUGACAGUGGAUUUGAAAUACUGCCCUGUAAUAGAUACUCAUCAGAACAAAAUGGAGCCAAGAUAGUUGCAACGAAAGAGUGGAAACGAAAUGACAAAAUAGAAUUACUGGUGGGUUGUAUUGCCGAACUUUCAGAAAUUGAGGAGAACAUGCUACUUAGACAUGGAGAAAAUGACUUCAGUGUCAUGUAUUCCACGAGGAAAAACUGCGCUCAGCUCUGGCUCGGCCCCGCGGCGUUUAUCAACCACGAUUGCAGACCUAACUGUAAGUUUGUGUCAACUGGUCGAGACACAGCAUGUGUGAAGGCUCUAAGAGAUAUUGAACCUGGAGAAGAAAUUUCUUGUUACUAUGGAGAUGGGUUUUUUGGAGAAAAUAAUGAGUUCUGCGAGUGUUACACUUGUGAAAGACGGGGAACUGGUGCUUUUAAAUCCAGAGUGGGACUGCCUGCGCCUGCUCCUGUUAUCAAUAGCAAAUAUGGACUCAGAGAAACAGAUAAACGUUUAAAUAGGCUUAAAAAGUUAGGUGACAGCAGCAAAAAUUCAGACAGUCAGUCUGUCAGCUCUAACACUGAUGCAGAUACCACUCAGGAAAAAAACAAUGCAACUUCUAGCCGAAAAUCUUCAGUUGGCAUGAAAAAGACCAGCAAGAGCAGAACAUUAACAAGGCAGUCUAUGUCAAGAAUUCCAGCUUCUUCCAAUUCUACCUCAUCUAAGCUAACUCACAUAAAUAAUUCCAGGGUACCAAAGAAACUGAAAAAGCCUGCAAAGCCUUUACUUUCGAAGGUAAAAUUAAGAAACCAUUGCAAACGGCUGGAGCAGAAGAGUGCUUCGAGAAAACUCGAGAUGGGAAACUUAGUCCUUAAAGAGCCUAAAGUUGUUCUAUAUAAAAAUUUGCCCAUUAAGAAAGAUAAGGAGCCAGAGGGACCAGUACAAGCCACAGUGGCUAGUGGGUGCUUAACUAGACACGCAGCAAGAGAGCACAAACAGAACUCUGGGCGAGGGGCCCCUCCGCCCGGGGAGGGAGCUCCCAGCACGUACACAACCAGGCGGUCCAUGAGGACGAGAAUGAACUUUAAGGAGACCUCUGACAUCAAGCUGGAACCAAAUACGUCAGAUGGCUAUGAAAACGGUUUGACUGAGUCUUGCCCAGACAGUGGCGAGCAGCCAACUCCUGUGGCACAGGAAGAAGAACUUGCUCAUGACACUGCACAAAAGGGGGAAGCAAAGUGUCCUAAGAGCGAGAACAGUCUUGCAAAAAAGAAGUCACGACAAGGAAAACUAGUGAAGCAGUUGGCAAAAGUAGAGGAAUCCCCUCCGGUGCGUGAUCCUCCUGGAAAAGCCAGCGUGGUACCUGAUGGGGCGGGGUCCCUCCCCGACCAGGGCCAGCACAGCAGCACCGAGGGUGUGCCUGGAAGUUACUUGGACUGGGCCCCUUCGCCUCUGGAUGGUUCGGUGGUGACAUCAGAUAGCUUCAAAACAAAAGAUGGCUUCAGAACUGCAAAAAGUAAAAAGAAGAGGCGGAUCACAAGGUAUGAUGCACAGUUAAUCCUGGAAAAUAACUCUGGGAUCCCCAAAUUGACUCUUCGAAGGCGCCACGAUAGCAGCAGCAAGACAAAUGAUCCGGAGAACGAUGGGAUGAAUUCUUCCAAAAUAAGCAUCAAGUUAAGUAAAGACCAUGAAAAUGAUAAUAAUCUCUAUGUAGCAAAGCUUAAUAAUGGAUUUAACUCAGGAUCAGGUAGUAGUUCUACAAAAUUAAAAAUCCAGCUAAAGCGGGAUGAGGAGAGUCGGGGGUCAUGUACAGAGGGGCUUCAUGAAAAUGGGGUGUGCUGUAGCGACCCUCUCUCUCUCCUGGAGUCGCGCAUGGAAGUCGACGACUACAGUCAGUAUGAAGAGGAAAGUACAGACGGUUCCUCCUCCUCAGAGGGAGACGAAGAAGAGGACGACUAUGAGGAUGACUUUGAGGAUGACUUUAUUCCCCUUCCACCAGCCAAGCGAUUAAGGCUAAUAGUUGGGAAAGACUCUAUAGAUAUUGACAUUUCUUCCCGGAGAAGAGAAGAUCAGUCUUUGAGGCUUAAUGCAUAAGCUCUGGGUCUUAAUUUGACCUGGGAUAACUACUUUAAAGAAAUAAAUUCCAGUCAGUUACUCCUCAACUGAAACAUUUUAGCGGCAGCACUUCUCUCGUUUCUUCACUUAUCAGCAUAAUACCUAGAAAAGUGUACAGCGUACUGACUCUUCUGAAGUCUGAUUUGUGCACAUUUUUAUUGUACUUUUUAAAUAGCCUUCUUAUGUGCAAUCCUGAGUUAGAGGUUAAGCCCUGUUGUAAAAUAAAGGCUCAAGCAAAACUGUACAGUGAUAGCAACUUUCCACACAGGACAUUGGAAACAAUAAUGUGGCUACACGAUUUUUUUUUUUUUAACUUUAAGAGCAUUAACUAGCUCUUUAAUAUAUGACUAAACAAUAAUUUAAAACAAAUCAUAGUAGCAGCAUAUUAAGGUUUUCUAGUAUAUGCUAAUAUCACCAGCAAUGAUCUUUGGCUUUUUGAUUUAUUCGCUAGAUGUUGCCCCCUUGGAGUUUUGUCAGUUCCACACUGUUUGCUGGCCCAGGUGUACUGUGUGUGGCCUUGGUUGGAAGUCAAAUUGGUUUCUUUAAAAAAAAAGUACAAUUCCAUGUGUGACAGCCAACUUUUCAGUACAUUACAUGUACGAGGGUAGCAGUGUGCAGGAUGAGUUUUGAUGAGGCGUAUUUAUUGCUUGUCAUGUAAGUUAAAGACCUUGUAUUUAACACUUUUCAAUACUUUUAGAUAAAAUUGUUCUUUGCAAGAAUGAUUGGUGCUUAUUUUUUCAAAAAUUUGCUGUGAACAAUGUGAUGACAACAAGCAACAUUUAUCUAAUGAACUACAGCUAUCUUAAUUUGGGUCUUCAAGUUUUCUGUUGCACUUGUAAAAUGCUACAAGGAAUAUUAAAAAACUAUUCACUUUAACUUAUAAUAGUUUAUGAAAUAAAAACAUGAGUCACAGCUUUUGUUCUGUGGUAACCUAUAAAAAUGUUUGUCUUUGAAAUUCAAUGUAAAGAACUGAAAACAAUGUAUAUGUUGUAAAUAUUUGUGUGUUGUGAGAAAUUUUUGUCAUAAGAAAUUAAAAGAACUUACCAGGAAGGUUUUUAAGUUUAGAAAUAUCCAUGCCAAUAAAAUAGGAAAUUAUAAAUAUAUAGUUUUAAGCACUGCAUCAGUGGGAGUUCUUGGCUUAUGUUAGUUUAUGUAUGAAAAUAUCAAAGAGUUUUUGACUAUAUUAUCAGUUAAACAAAAAGAAGAGUCAGAUUUAAUUUGUUUUUGAAGCACUUUGAGAAGAGAAAUUAAUUUUAAGUAACUUAAUGAGCAAAAUUUUACUACUUUCUGUUCAGUACCAGUCUUUCAUUUUUCUGUAUUUUACAAAUCAUUGGACAAAGAAUCUGGGGAUUGAACCCAUGACAGGUGUUUGACGCCAGCUGGUCUGUUUCUGGGAAGUGUGUGUGUGUACUUUCUGAUACACAGUGUUCCUAAGUAAAACCCAAGUUAGGGCGUCCGUGUCAUGUCUGGCAAGGUAGCCCAGGUUUUAAAAUGUUCGAAGGAAUCAGCAGGUAAUGAGAAGUCCCGUGGAGAAGACAUCCACGCUUGCUGUUGUUUCUGACUGAUUCCUACCAGUUUCCAGAAUCUGGGAAAUUUAAGUUCCUUAACACUAUUGCCAGUACGUUCCAAGUAGAAAUUAAUAACGUUCAUAAAAGUUGUUUAAAUUGAGAGGUUCUUUUUCAUCCUCAUGUUCUUCAAGGAAUCACUUCUGUAGUCUUGUAUCGUCCCAUCCUUGUGAGUUACAGGGCAGUCGAACCCCUCAGGUCUCCACGUGACAGCAUGUGGCGCACAGCUUUGCUCCAUCCAGAGUUCCUCACCUCGGGAAGCAGGGCAGCCCCGCAGGGAGCACUUUACAGACCGUGUCCCGUCCUCACCGUGCCCCUGCGUAGAAAUGUGAGAGACUCGCGCCGCUGAGGAAGGCCACGCAGAGGGUCACCUCUUUCAUCCCCACCUUAGAUUGGAGUGUUUUGUGGAGGGUCAGAGGCCAUAUCUUGCAUUGUUUCUUGGAAUACCAACAGCCAUUGCAGGCAUUUCAGUCUUAAGGAAAAAAUAAUAAAAUCAUCCUAUUUCUCACUUUUCACCCUUUGUUAAGCUUUGUUUUAGUAACUUAUUGAUGUUAGUUUUAACUUUAUUGCGGCCUUGUCCUUUAAGGCCGACCUUCCUGUGGGUCUGCAUGGUGACGCGGUGACGCCAGCAGUCGCUGCCUCAGGAGCUGGCGUGCAGGAGGGCUGGGCAGCCGCUGCGGGCGCCUUGCUGGGGGACCGGCUUCCGCUGUUCCACGGAGGGGCCUCAGGGCCCUCUCUGCUCUGCCAUGUGGGGUGGGGCUGCGAGAUCCACUUGCGGUGACUGCCCAGAAGAGGUCGAUGAAACUUUCAUUCAAUAAAACUCCUACCUUGAGCUUAUGCAAUGAUUGGGAAAGACUUUGGCAUUGUAAGAAUUAGGAAAUGAUCAUAGCAACAUAUGUAAAGUUUUCAAUUUUCAAUCAUUUUUCAAACUACUGUUUUAAAUUGUUUUGCUGAGUUGUAAUACUUUUGAGAUACAAUGUAUUCCUUGUACUGAAAGAAUGGGAAAAAAAAGGACUUUUUCAGCAUUUGAGGUAAGUUCUUUAACGUUUCAUUAAAAACAUUUUUUACAAAUAUUUUGUACAUGCACUUGCAGUAUUGAGGUUAAUCAUUUUAAUAAAUUCGGAAAUUAAAACAA